GAAGUGUCUGGCUUUAUAAAGACCUGGUUCUGGAGAGACAGCCAGCCUUUCACAUCUGGGAGACAAGCUGAAGCAAGGACAUCUACCAACUCCAGGCCCACACGGCGGCAGCAGUCACAGAACCCGUCGCACCAAAACCAUCCCAACCAAAGUUGCGACAGACUCAAUGCCCAGAUAUUGGGUGGAUCUGGAUCGCCUUGCUUCAUUCUACGCCAUGGACGCCUGUUGAAGCCAUUCACUUCUGACCAGGCGUCUGCUCCUGAAAGGCCACCUACGCAUCUUCUGAAAAGGUGGCAGAAGGCACAACCACACUUGACCGACUAUUGCUUCGAGGGGUGAAGUCCAUUAAAAAAAAAAAGUUAUUUUUGAGAAGGCAAAAAAAAAACAAAACCAAACCAACCCAAUUAACACCGGCAAAAGAAAAGAGAAUCCCGGAUUUCACUUUAAAAUACACAAGUUCCCUUUUUUUUUUCUCCCUGUCCUGGGAUUUUGGAAUGCUGGGCUCCAUCAAAAUGGAAUCGCACGAUCUUUCUGAAUGGAAUUCGUACUAUAAUGAACCCACAGAGGUAUUUCCAACCGUAAGCACAAUGGCAUCCAGCUUGGGACCGAUGAACCCGAUUAACUCCUACGUGACGCUGAACCCCCUCAGUUCUCCCGGAUCUAUGAAUAUGACUUAUCCAAACAGUGGCCUGCCUAGCCCUUCUCUCACUGGGCUGACCAAUGCCAGCAGUCCAAUGGGCCUCCCGUCUGUGUCGUCUCCUGUCAGUCCUGUAUUGACUCCACUGGGGGCUCAGGGUCCCACCCUCAAUUCUCUGUCACCUUACCAGAAUGUCAGCCAGUCGAUGGCUCCACUCAGCUACUCGCCUUCUAGCAUGAACAGGCCCAAGGAGAUUAGUAAGUCCUACCGGCGCACAUUGACCCACGCCAAGCCGCCCUACUCUUACAUCUCCCUCAUCACUAUGGCCAUUCAGCAGGCCCCAAGUAAAAUGCUGACCCUCAACGAGAUUUACCAGUGGAUCAUGGACCUCUUCCCUUACUACCGCGAAAACCAGCAACGUUGGCAGAACUCCAUCCGCCACUCUCUCUCCUUCAACGACUGUUUCGUCAAGGUGGCCCGUUCCCCUGACAAACCUGGCAAGGGCUCCUACUGGGCCCUCCACCCAAAUUCAGGGAACAUGUUUGAGAACGGCUGCUACCUGAGGCGCCAGAAGCGUUUCAAAAUUGAGGACAAGGCCAAGAAAUCUAGCUCCAAAGCUUCCAGCACCCAAGAGCAAAACCCCAAGAUUUCUGAGGGUCUUCAAGAAGGCCAGAGCCCCAACACAAGUUCGGAAGGGGCUGAAUCAGGUCACUCAGACACCUCCCACGGGUCUGAGGAACAGAGGGGUCUGGUUCAACUGGAUUGCUCAGGUGCACGGGGUUCGUCCCCCAUAUCUGAGACCUCUCCAGCCCCCAUCUCCCAGACCAUGAAUAGCCACUACUUUUCCACAUCCAUCACCAACCUGGACCUUCCAGGGGAUCUCAAAAUGGACCCUCAGUUCAACUUCAACCACCCCUUUUCCAUCAACAACCUGAUGUCUACCGAGCAGAGCCACAAGAUUGACCUGAAAUCCUAUGAGCAGACAAUGGCUUUCAACGGUUACAACUCCCCCCAUUCAGUGGAAGGGAAACACACCUAUGAGACAUCCACCUCGCUCAGUGAGACUGGCUCUUACUACCAGAGCCUGUACAGCCGCUCCCUGCUCAAUGCUUCGUAAGGCUCAAUGCCGUAUUAUAAUGCAAGGAAGGAGGAGGAGGCCAGAGAGAUCUCUACCUCCGGCCACAAUUACCAGCAAGACCAUCAAUGAGCAACUCCCACUCAUUGCCAAGAAGCAAAUACAGCGAGGGCGGUCCAAAGGAGUACACAGCCAAUGGCCCGGUCUGUCAAGAUCAUGAUGAAAUCAUUUGCUUUCCAAGACCAAUCUUUCUACACAGUGGUCAACAGCCCAUGAAGAGCUUCCAUUCCUAUGCAUUCACCUACCCAUAAUGACCAGGAAACAGGAAGGAAUUUCAGUCCUUGCUGCCGUUAGCCAAUAGCCAGUUGGGUGGCCAUUGAUUUGUUUUUGUGAUGGCAUCUUCCAACGGUUGGGACUCUUGCUAGCAUAGGCUCUCCAAGUGCAAAGGCUACCGUUUCAAAAUGGCGGACUGCAGUCUGAAUUCUACAGUUACAAAAGAAGCUCAAAUUCACCCAAGAGUGGAGAUAUCGAUGUGUACGUCAAAAAGGACAUAAGAAAGGACAUUCCACAGGGUGGACUGUGCUGGUGACCACUCCUCAGUCCAGGAAGUGUGCCUUUCCAAUAUGUUACAGUCACUGGUUGAAUUGUUGUCUCGGGAUUUUCAAACCCACCCAAUUUAGGUCACAACUGUACGUGGCAGGACUCCAUUGUUACACACACAAAGGGGGGUUGGUUAUGCCAAAGACAAUUUAGGCCUCAGGCUAAUGAUGAGCAGGGACAAUAUAUUUUAGAUUUUUUAAAAAAAGAAAAGACAAGUGGCUUUAUAUUUAAAUAUUUGUGUUUUCUGUUGGGAAAAGGGUUAAGAGUUGAUUUAAUAUAUCACACUUUAGAGCAGAUUUAGAGGGUGUCUGUUGAAGUGGUGUAUUUUUUUUGUAUUAAUGAUAAUUAAAAAAACAAAACAAAA